AGGGAAGCCCGGGAGUCAACAGUAAAUCAGGCGAGCUGUAAAAUUAACCUUUUUGGAGUGGAGCUGCAGUUGUUGCCUUAAAAAAAAGAGAUCAGCAAUUGAAGGUUGUGUCAGUUUCACAGUUUUCGAAGCCAAACUCAGAUUCUUCAGAGGCUUUUCCUGAUGGAAUCCAAUAUCACCGCCUCCACCCAGCCGCCCUCCUCUUCUCUGCCCAUCAGCCACCAGGUCGGCAUCGCCAUCCUUGCCCUGGCCUUCUUGCUGGGCUUCCCCGGGAACCUGUUUGUGGUCUGGUCGGUGUUCUGCCGGGUGAAGAAGCGCUCGGUGACCUGCUUGCUGGUGCUGAACCUGGCUAUGGCGGACGCCUUCGUGCUGCUCAGCGCCCCCCUUUUCAUGCGCUACCUGGCCGGAGGCCGCGGCUGGGAGUUUGGCUCGGCGGCGUGCAAGCUGGUGCAUUACCUGUCCAGUGUGAACAUGUACGUGUCCAUUUACCUCAUCUGCCUGAUGAGCAUGGACCGCUGGCUGGCCGUGUCAAGGCCCUUUCUGUCGCAGAGGAUGAGAACCAAGCGCUCCCUGCUGGGUCUGCUGCUGGGGGUCUGGGUGCUGGCGUUCCUCCUGUCACUGCCGAUGCCUUUCUACCGCAGUAAUCUCCUGAAAAGAAACAAUUUGACUUAUUGCCUACCGCACUGGGGAAACGUGGGCCACCGGGUCUUCCAGUACCUGUUUGAGACCAUCAUGGCCUGCCUGGUGCCCUUCUCCCUCAUCAACACCUGCUACUCCUCCGUCAUCUGCCGGCUGCAAAGCGCCAAGUUCCAGCGCAGAGGGCAAGGGAGCCGCCUCAUCCUGAUGAUCAUCAGUGCCUUCGCAGUGUUCUGGCUGCCCUAUCACAUCGUCAACAUCAUAGAGGUGGUGGGUCUGCUGCAGAUUAGCGAAUCGGUGAUCGGCGCGGCCACUACAGCUCGUCCGAACGUCACGGCCUUUGCCUACUUCAGCAGCGCCGUCAACCCCAUUCUCUACGUGUUCGCCGGCAGCUCCCACAUCCGCAAGGCCGGCCUCAGCUUCAUGGGCAAGCUCUUCGAGGCCACCAACUCGGAGAGCCGGAGCACGUCCAUCUUCACCCGUAGCAGCCGCUCCAGCCGCAGCGCAUCUUCACCCGACGAGAGCACUGUCCUGCAAACGCUGUCGACCAAACUGGGGAGGCCUUUCAAGGGCAAGAGCAAGGACCGGAGUGGCAGUGUGGCGGGCAAAGAGGACGACGGGCCUGAACUCAAGACUCUGACCAGUGUUCAGCAGAAAGAGUAGCGCUUAAGCUCCAAAGCCAAGCUGUUUUCCUUGGACUACUUUUCUUAAUUAAUUGAUUAGACACAGACUCGUGAUCCCCAGAGGAUGCAUCCUAAUGACUUUGCCACCAGAGGCUCAAAGUUUUCCCUUAUUCAAAUACAUCUAAAAGCAUAUAUUUGAUUGAUUGGCACUUAUUUUGUACACACAUUCAUGAUCCCCAGAGGAUGAAUCAUAAGGACUUUGCCACCAGAUGGUAAACAUUUUUACUUAUUCAAUGAAAAUCUAAAAACAUAGAUUUGAGGGAUUGGCACUUAUUUAUGUUCCCCAGAGGAUGAACCCUAAUGACUUUGCCACCAGAGGGUCAACGUUUUCACUUAUUCAAUGAAAUCUAAAAACAUAUAUUUGAUGGAUUGUCACUUAUUUCAUACACAGAUUAAUGUUCCCCAAAGGAUGAAUCGCAAUGGUUUGUGUGAACCCAGCUUCUCGUAGUGCCACUUUGAGUUUGGCAUUUGUGGUUUUGAGUGAAAUGCCUCGAAAACUAUUUCAUCGAUUGGCGUGAAAUGUGGCACACAUAUUUAUGUUAAUGACCAAAUACCUGCAGUACAAAUACCUUGACAUUCCCAUCAGCCUUAGCUGUACUUUGUGUCUACUGCUAAUUAUUGAGCAUGCGAACACGCUAAAGUAGAAUGGUGCAUGUAGCUCAAUGCACCACUGUUCCUCAGUAUAAAGCCCCAGAGAGCUGCUAGCAUGGCUUUGUAGAAAAAAGGACUGUUUACUUUCAAAGCAUUACCGAGAAAACAUUCUUACUUGUCUUUGCUUGUUUUUCUUAUCAAAGCAGUGUUGAUCCAGAAAUGUACAAAGUCAUUUGUUUGCAUAUUUUAUAUGAUUUUUUUGUCAUGUCCUUUUAGCAUUUAAAACCCUUUUUUAUUUUUUACAUAUUAUUAAUAAUGAUUCAUGUAUUUUUUGUGUAUGUAAAUUAUCAAAUAUAUUCUAUAUGUCUGGGAAUUGCUUUCUUUUUUUUUUUACAUUUAUAAAACAAAAGACAACAUAU